GCAUCUGGUCUGCUCUACACCUGUUGGGGUGAACUGUUUCGUCGUGCCGAGACCAUAUACAACCUUGUGUGUCCUCACCUCAGUCGGGCACCUUUUCCGGAAGUUAUGCCAGUCAAACCUGUCCUCAGAAGUGCCUCUGCCUCCAGCUUGGCAGAGCAGGCUUCAGUUGACGUGGUUCAGGCAUUAGACUAG